AUGGUAUCAAAAAAACAAAAAAAAGAGAAAAUAACGGAUCCUAUAGUUACAGAUGAAUCAAUGAAUAUAGAUGACAAUGGUGGAGACCAAAUACAUAAUGCAUUAUCACCUACAUUAUCAGAGGAUACAGUUACUAGUAAUACAAAUCCAACCACAACUACAACACCUAGACAAACUAGAUCAUCAUUAUCAUUAUCAUCACCUUCAAUUGAUAAUACUAUAGCAUUAGCAACAGCAACUAAUAGUAGUAAAAAGCGAUCUCGAUCCAAUAGUACAUCAAAGAAUAAAAGUAAUACAGGUUCAUCUAGUAGUACAAAUCCAUCACCAAUGGGUUCACCAACACUUUCAACUUCAACAAUUAAUUUAUUAAAUACAACCACAACAACAACCACAACAUCAACAAUAAAACAAAUAGAAUUAAAUUUACAAAAGAAUAAAGAUGAAUUUAUAGAUAUUAAUAAUAAAAGAAAUAUAUUAAUAAAAGAACUUUUAAUAUUACAACAACAGGAUAAUAAUAAUAAUAAUAAUAAUAAUAAUAAUAAUAAUAAUAAUAAUAAUAAUAAUAAUAAUAAUAAUAAUAAUAAUAAUGAUGAUAUAAAACAACAACAACAAUUAUCACUUUUAAAUUUAGAUCAGGAUAAAUUACAAUUAAUUAAUGGAAAGGUGGAAGAGUUCUGUAAUUCCAAUGGUUUUUCGUUUUAUUCUCAAAUUUUUAUAGAUAAUUUAUCAUCAUUAACUUCAAAAUCAUUACAACCAACAACGACAUCAUCUAAAAUACCAACAAUACCAGUUGAAAAACCAAUUAUAGAGAAACCAACAUUACCAGAAAGACCAAAAAGUGAGAGAUUAAAGAGACAACAAUCAUUAUUAAAUUCUACAGAUUCAAAAAAACUUUCUACAACUUCUACUACUACUACUACAACAACAACACCUACCACCACCACAGCUACAACACCACCACCACCACCAUCAUCAUCAUCAACAUCAACAUCAACAUCAACAUCAGGUACACCAAUUGGUGGAAUUAAUACAACACCAACAAAUACAACACCAACAUCAACUAAUAAUAAUAAUAAUAAAGGUAUAUGUAAUAUUAAAGAUACAACACCAAUACCUUUUUCAUUAGCAGAGGAAACAUUAACAGAUAAAUCAACACCAAUUAAAACUAGUAUACAACAACCACAAAAGAAACAGAGAAGAGAAAGUUCAUCAACACAAUUAAAUAAACAAAUUACAGAACAAAUUCAGCAACAACAACAACCAAUUGAAGAAAUUACAAUACCAAUAGAACAACAACAAAUGCAAUUAUUAGCACAAGUGAAUCCACAAGAUUUUAAACCAAUUCCAUUACCACCACCAUCAGCAUUAAUACAAAUUCCACCCGUAUCAAUGGAUAUAAUUGAAAAGGCAAAAGAAGAUGCUAAAAUAAUGAGAAGAAUUCAUGAACUUCAAAAAAAGGGUGUUUGGGGUUAUAAACAACUUCAAAAACUACCAGAACCACCACGUCCAAAAGUUCACUGGGAUCAUUUAUUGGAAGAGAUGGCAACUGUAUCGGAAGAGUUUAUUAGAAAUCGACGUUUUAAAACUCGUGUUAGAAAAGUGAUUGUAAAGGAGGUAAUACGUCAUCACCUCUUGAUUCAAACUCAAGAAGAACGUGAAUUACGUGAUGAAGAGAAUAGAAAGAAAAAGGUGGCUUCAAAUGUUAGUAAAGAGAUUAGAAAGUUUUGGAAUCAAAUUAAAAAACUUGUACAAUAUAAAGAUAAAAUUCAUCAAGAUUCAAUCAAUAAAAUUGAAAGAGAUAAACAAUUAGAAUUAAUUGUUGGUAAAACUGAAGCUUAUUCAAAUUUAUUAGCUGAAAAUUUACGUGGUCAUCAUCAUCACCAUUCAACAAUUACACCAAAAGAUUUAUUAAAUCAAUUUGAUCAUGAUGUUGAUGAAGAUGGUAAUGAAAUUGAAUAUAAUGAUGAUUUUAAUACAUCUGAUGAAUCAUCAUGUGAUUUAUCUGAUGAUAAUAUUAAUGAAGAAGAAGAUGAUGAUGGCGAACAAUUAGAAAGUAAAGAAUAUUUAGAAGAAUUAAAAUUAGAAAGUGAAAUGCCAUUAGAUGAAUUAUUAAAAAAACUUGAUCAAGAAAAAUCAGAUAAUGAUGAUGAUGAUAAUAAUAAUAAUGAAGAUGAUAAUAAUAAUAAUAAUAAUAAUAAUAAUAAUAAUAAUGAAAAUUCAAUAUCAACAAAAGAUAUAAUUAAUAUUGUAUCAAAAAAAGCAAAUUCAUCACAACCAACAGGAUUUACAUUAAAUACAAGUAAUGUUAGAACUAAAGUACCAUUUUUAUUAAAAUUUCCAUUGAGAGAAUAUCAACAUAUUGGAUUGGAUUGGUUAGUAUCAUUGUAUGAAAAGAAUUUAAAUGGUAUUUUAGCGGAUGAAAUGGGAUUAGGUAAAACGAUUAUGACAAUUUCAUUGAUAGCUUAUUUAGCAGUACAAAAGGGUGUUUGGGGACCACAUUUAAUAGUUGUACCAUCGAGUGUAUUAUUUAAUUGGGAGAUGGAAUUCAAAAGGUGGUGUCCAGGUUUAAAGAUAUUCACAUAUCAUGGUACGAGUAGAGAUAGAAAAGCAAAUCGUAAAGGAUGGUCCAAAUCAAAUGCAUUUCAUGUUUGUAUCACCUCUUACUCGAUGGUGAUGUCUGAUCAUUUAAUAUUUCGUAGAAAGAAAUGGGUUUACAUGAUAUUGGAUGAAGCUCAUGUUAUAAAGAAUUUUAAAACUCAACGUUGGCAAAAUAUGUUACAUUUCAAUACAGAGAGACGUUUACUAUUGACAGGUACACCAUUACAAAACAAUCUUAUGGAGUUAUGGUCAUUAAUGCAUUUCCUAAUGCCAGAUAUAUUUCAAUCACAUAGGGAGUUUCAAGAUUGGUUCUCUAAUCCUGUCACUGGUAUGAUCGAGGGUGGUGAUGAUGUAAAUGAAGAUAUCAUCAAUAGAUUACACGCGGUUUUACGUCCAUUCCUUUUACGUCGUUUAAAAAAAGAUGUUGAAAAACAAAUGCCACCUAAACAUACUCAUAUCGUUCCUUGUUCAAUGUCAAGGCGCCAGAAAUUCCUCUAUGAAGAGUUUAUCAAUUCAUCAUCCACUCAAAGUACACUUUCAUCUGGUAGUUUCUUUAGUAUAAUCAAUAUAUUAAUGCAAUUAAGAAAAGUUUGUAAUCAUCCAGAUCUAUUUGAAAUUAGACCAAUAGUAUCACCAUUGGAGCUAUAUCCAAUUCAUUUCAAAACAUCUUCAAUCGUCAUUGAUAUACUAGAUGAUAUACCAAUUAAAAAUUUAAAUUUAAAUUUAUUAAAUUUAGAUUUAAUUAAUUAUGAAAAUUCAUUUUCACAUUAUGAUUCAAAUCAAAUUAAUUCAUUAAUACCAAAAGAAUCUGUAUUAUUAGAAUUAUUUAAUCAAUUAGCAAUUUCAUUACCAAAUAUUUCACAAUAUAAUCAACAACAACAACAACAACAAUUACAACAACAACAACAACAAUUACAACAACAGCAAUUACAACAACAACAAUUUCAACAACAAUUUCAACAACAAAAUUAUAAUAAUAAUAAUUUUAAUCAACAACAACAACAACAACAACAACAAUAUCAAUAUCAACAAAAUAAUAAUCAACAACAAAAUAUUCAUUCUUGUUUAGAUAUUUAUCAAAAUCAAAGAAAUGAAUUUCAAAUUAAAAGAUAUCAAGAAACAUUAGAUAGAAUGCGUUAUCAAAAGAGUAAAUAUUAUAAUAGACCAAUUUAUGGUAGAGAUUUAAUUGAGAGUGUAAAGAUAACUGAUCCAAUUAGGGAUUGGUUUACAAUUUCAAAACCAUCAAAUUAUAUGAGUUAUUCAAAUUAUUUGGUUGAUUUAAUUAUGACACCAAUUCAAAGACAACAAUCAAUGAUAAAGAUUAUUGAAAAUUUCACAUUUUUAAUAUCUACAGCACGUGCUGAACCAAUUACAUUACUACAAUAUGGUGCAUCACCAUCAAAGUUAUUAGAGGAACAUCGUAAUGAAGUUUUAUUAAUUAAUGGAUUAUCGAAAUCAUCAUUUGAUGCAUUCUAUCCAUCUUAUCAACGUAUGAAAUUAUAUUUCCCAGAUAAAAGAUUAAUUCAAUAUGAUUGUGGUAAACUUCAACAAUUGGCAAUACUAUUGAGACGUUUGAAACAACAAGGUCAUCGUGCAUUGAUUUUCACUCAAAUGACGAAAAUGUUGGAUAUUUUCGAAACAUUUUUAAAUCUUCAUGCUUACACUUACCUAAGAUUGGAUGGUUCAACAAAGAUUGAUAAACGUCAAGUUUUAACCGAGAGAUUCAAUACAGAUCCAAAGAUAUUCCUAUUCAUUCUAUCGACUAGAUCAGGUGGUUUAGGUUUAAAUUUAACUGGUGCCGAUACUGUUAUCUUUUAUGAUACCGAUUGGAAUCCUUCAAUGGAUGCUCAAGCUCAAGAUAGAUGUCAUAGAAUUGGUCAAACUCGUGAAGUCAAUAUCUAUCGUUUCAUAACUCAACAUACCAUCGAGGAGAAUAUUCUAAAGAAAUCAAAUCAAAAGAGACAACUUGAUAAAAUGGUCAUUAAAGCAGGUGAAUUCACUACAGAUUUCUUUAAAAAUCUAAAUUUAUCUACAAAAUCUUCAAUCGAUACUAUUAAAGAUAAUGUCACUCAACAAGAAUGGGAAAAUGCUGUUGAACAAGCUGAAGAUGAAUCUGAUGUUCUUGCUUAUAAAAAUGCUUUAAAAGAAGCUGAUAAUGAAUAUCAAGAAUUUGUUGAAAUUAAAGAUGAUAAAUCAUCAUUUACAACAAUAACAACAACAACUUCAAAUGUUUCAACACCAACAACUAAUAAUUCAUCAGAUGAUAUUGAUAUGGUAGAUGUUGAUGAUAAUACUCAAGAUUUAGUUGAAGAUUAUCUUAAUCCAAUUCAAAAGUUUGCUUUAAAAUUAACAGAAUCAAUCUCAUCUUUUACUUUAGAAUCAUAUGGUACUGUUACAAAACAACAAUUAAAACAACAACAACAACAACAACAACAACAACAACAACAACAACAACAACAACAACAACAACAACAACAACAACAACAACAACAACAACAACAACAACAACAAAAACAAAAACAACAACAACAACAACAACAACAACAACAACAACAACAACAACAACAACAACAACCAAAAAUUUUAAAACUUGACGAAAAAGAUAAAGAAAAUUUAAAAGAAAAUGAAAAAGAAAAAGAAAAUGAAAAUGAAAAUGAAAAUGAAAAUGAAAAUGAAAAAGAAAAAGAUAAUGAAAAAGAAAGAGAAAAACAAGAAAAAGAAAACGAAAUAGAAAUAGAAAAAGAAAAAGGAAAUGAAAAAGAAAAUGAAAAAGAAAAUGAAAAAGAAAAAGAAAAUGAAAGAGAUAAAGAUAAAGAUAAAGACCAAGACCAAGAUAAAGAUCAAGAAAUGAAAAUAAUUAAUGAAAUACCUCCAAAAAACGACGAAGAUGAAGAUAAUAAUAUAAAUAAUAAUAAUAAUAAUAAUAAUAAUAAUAAUAAUAAUAAUUUAAGCAAUAAUGGUAAUGGUGAUAAUAAUAAUAAUAAUAAUAAUAAUAAUAAUAAUAAUAAUAAUAAUAAUAAUAAUAAUAAUAAUAAUAAUUAUGGGGGGAGUUUAACUAACCAAUAUGAUAAUAAUAAUUUAAAUAAUAAUAAUAAUAAUAAAAAUAAUAUGUAUAUAAAAAAUUUUCAAAAUAAAUUAAUAUCACCAGAUCAUAAUUUUAGGAAGAAUAUAAAUUCAACAUCAAAAAUAAAAUCAGAAUUUAAAGAAGAUAAUAUUAUAGUUAAUGAUAAUGAUUAUAAUGAAGAAGAUGGAGCAGAUGACGAAGCAGAUGAUGAUGGAGAUGAUGAAGCAGAUGAUGAAAAUGAAGGAAAUGAUUUUGAAGGAGGAGGAAGAGGAGGAAGAGUAGGAGAAGGAAAAAAAGUAAUGAUUGAAAAAAAGAAACCAUUACUUUUUUUUGAGUUAAGUGGAAUAAAUAAUCAAGAAUUUCAAACCUCUCUAUUGACAGUGUUUGGUGAUUUCUUUCAACAAGUUCCAGAUCCAGAUAUUGAACAAUGGUAUUUACCACCAUUACAAGAGCCAUUACCAACCUAUCUCUUUGAACAAGUAUUAAAGGAUCAAGAUGAAUAUUAUCGCCAACAUUACCUUUAUUUAUAUCCACCUUCACCACCACUCAUUUCAUUCGAAGCUUUCGCUAAACCAAGUUUAUCAAAAUUAAAGAGAGGUAAAAUACAGAAACAAGUGGCUCAACAAUACGUCUACUCUAAACAACAUACCAAAGAGAAAGAGAAAGAAAGAAAACUAUUAAUGAAAAUGAAAAAAGAAAAAGAUAAAAUUGAAAAAGCAAAACAAGAAGAAGAAAGAAGAGCAAAAGAAAAAAGAGACCAAAAAAUUCAUUCAAAAAAAUCAAAUUCUUCAUCUUCAACUUUAUCAAAUUCAAACAAUAAUGUAAUUAAUAAUAGUAAUAGUGGUAAUGUAACAGUUUCUGGUUAUAGUGGUUCAUCAACUCCUUCCUCUUCACUAUCAUCUUCAACUUCUUCAAUUUCUACUUCAAAUAAAGAUAAAAAGAAAAGUAGUAGUUCAAGUAGUUCAAGUAAGAAACGUUUAGUACCUGAUGAUAUUAUUGUUACUGGUGGUGUUGCAAAUUCUGAUAAGUCAGAUGCUGAAUUGGAAGAUUUUGCUGGUAGUUUAGAGGAAUCAUUAGUUAGUAAACAAGGUGGUGUUCCUUCAACCACUACAAAUUCAUCAACUUCUAGAAAGAAAAGUGAAUAUGAUUUAUUCGAUGCUUCAUCUCAAGAUGAAGGUAGUACAAAUGAAUCUGGUUCUACAACUAAUAAUAAUAAUAUUAAUAACCCUACAUCAACUAGUAGUAGUAGUAGUAGUAGUGGUAGAAAGAGGGAUAGAAAGAAACAAAGAUUAAGUAAAUCCAAUGGUGGUGUUGGUGGUGGUGGUAGUGAUUUAGAAUCACCAAUUUCAUCAUCAUCAAUCUCUGGUAUAUUUAUUAAUAGUGAUUUAAUUCUUAAUCAUAUGGGUCCACCAUGGAGUCAACAAGAGGAUAAAUUAAUUUUAGAUAAUGUUAAAAAUUUUGGUGAAAAUUGGGAUUUAAUUACAUUUAUCAUUCAAAAUUCAAAUUAUUCAAGAAUUAAUCGUGUAACCAGAUCAAAAUCUCAAAUUUCUGAACGUUAUAAAGUUAUUCAAAAAGAAAAUAAUAAUGAAAAUAAUAAUGGUAAUAAUAAAUCACCAAUUGGUGAUCAACAACAACAACAACAACCACCAUUCCAAUUCUCUUUAUUGGAUAAUAUUAAAAUUGCUACUAGUCAAUCCAGAUUACCAGGUAUUAGAGGAACUGCCAUUCAAGUACCUGCUCAAGUUUCACUUCAUCAAUCUCAUGCUCCACUUCAAAUUUCUACUCCAGUAACUGCUAUUACCGCUUCAGAAAUGGCAUUAAUGACAACAAAUAGAUUU